AUGUUCAUCAUUAAAGAAAGCACUGAAGCUGGAUUGCCUAGCACGAUGUCUUUUAUGCGCAGAUCUAAUGACGAUGACUGUUACGGAUGGAGCUGUGGAAGCGAAUGGGUUUGGGCUCGAUGGAUCUUGUUUGUCUUCUUUAUUCUUGCUAUAGCGGCGCUGGCGCUCACUGCGAUUAGGGUUAACGGCAAAAGGGUCAGGAUGGGCCAGCGGCCUAUUGCAGGCACCGCUUGGUUUAUGCCUCCCACAUAUCGACAAUCAGAAAGGGACGUCCGCGGAUCAACCCAAGACUAUGUUCCUCCGUAUACUGAAACGGCAAAUCCUAAUGAUCUUGGUUACUACGAUAAUCAGGGCAUUUUUCAUCUCAACAGCAAGGCUGAGAAUGCAGAGGCAGCACCCCCCUUCACAGAACCGCAGACUAAUGAAGGUAGCCCUCAGUUCCCAAGCCCAGCUGUUACGCAGAACAUCUCUCACGAAAGAACUCAUUCUCUCGAUUUUUCGAGAGACUAUCAUCAAUACUAUCGAGGGACCGCAACGGAACAAAACAUCCCUGAUUUGAGAGGAGAAACCAGCAGGGAGGUGCAGCAUGGCCAUCUCAACACAGGUACGAAUGAUGAAUCAGCAAAUUUUGAAAUGGAGCAGCGGCCUCCCACUGUACCGCAAAACGCUCAUGUGAAUGGUGCUUAG